AUGGCGUCUGGAUUUUCAGCUACGCCGCGAAUGGAGGGUACAUGGACGAAGCUCGUGAUAUUUGUUGCGCUGUACCUGCUACUCCUCGAGUCUAUAUUGGAAUGUGUGCUCGUGCUCUAUCUCUACGGUAAUGGCCAGGUUGACUCAAAGAUGACUCUGAGUGUUGUACUUGCACUUGUCGCAUCUUUUCUCUCAGUACCGCUUGUCGGCCUGCAAAGCCUGGUCGCUUGGCAAUACAACAAUAUUGGUGGAUUUGGAACCCAGAAAACCAUCCUGCAUAAUAUAUGCACAUAUGUGCUGCGCUUGGAUCUUAUGCUUUGGCUAGCUACAAGUGUAGCCGGUCUGGUGGUCGCUGCACAGCAGGUGUACUGUCUCCCGGAAGGGACAGAUGCAACUUUCUGGAGAGUUGGCAUAAGCUGUGCCUUCCACCGAGCGUCUGUGAUCGUGGCGGUUGUUUCAAUGGUCACCGUGUGCACUAUGUACUGUGCGAGGGAGCUUUGCGAUCGACCAUAUGAUGUAUCGCUUCUCGGUAUCUACAAGCGCCAGAGAGUUCUCAGAGAUGGCAGCAUCGUCUCUGGUAAUAGCUGGGACAGCGAGGAAACGCUCAAAAACGAGAUUCUCUAUCUUUGCCGCCAACACGAUGGAAAUGGAGGCGGGGAGUUCUGGUCUGUGGACCCAAUUGCCAACAAAGUCAACUGCCAUCCCAGCAUCCGGCAUCCUGCCCCCGUCCGUCUGCGGCCCCAACUCCGAGUCAACACUGAUCCCGGUUCGACAUAUGGAGAGAUUAUGUCUGGAACGACGAUUUCACCAGAGGACAAUGCACACCGUAUCUCGCCGGGGUCACAAAGCCUGGCUAGCGAGUUCUAUCCCAUCUCGAGCACAUCUACUGUCAUGAGUUCACAGACAGUUAACGAGAUACGCGCGCUUCUCUCGAAUGCGCCCGCUCCAAAGAUCCCGGCCAUUCCCCAGGAAUACGCCGGCCAUAAGAGAGGAAAGUCAUCACUCUCAUCUCUUAGACGUUUUCUUCCAAAGUAUUUCCCAUUAUCACUUCCAUUAUCAGCGGAUCCUCAAAUCCAAUCCCUGGCAGACCCAAACGCCGCAUCAGAUAUCGAAAAGCAGGUCGUGACACCAAACAGCAUGCCCAAGGGAAUCCCCCAAUCCACAACCUACCAGCUCAUCGCAAAUGGCAACACCCCAAACGCCUCUUCAGCAUCUCUCCCCCAAAGCCCUGCCAACACCCAAUCUACACCCAAACCAGCAUAUCUAGAAGGCCACACCAGAACAAUGACAAUGAGCUCCGCCGACGCCCCAGAAGUAGUCCCAACAACCCCAUCCUCCCCACCAAAAGUGCGCCGCUCCCAAACAGCCCACGCCAUGCCCGCAGCCCGCUCAAUCCACCACCCACACCACCCAAACUUUGUCCCACGCCCUCCUUCCCAACCACAACCACGAGCAUACUCCCAGUCCCGCCGCCAAGCCCGCGAUCCAAAAAUGCACCCAGACUCAAUGCGAAAUACCAAGCAACCCAAACAGAACAUAAUCCACUACCCCGUCCGCAGAACCUCCUACCACUUCGACCCAAACUACGUCCCGCGUCACUCGCAGAGCCAGUAUAACAACCAUCCCAACAAUCAUCCCGGGAGCAGCCAGUACGGACACCAAUCAUCCCGCUGGGAAAACCAGCGCCGCUACGGCUCAGCCCGAUCCAUGCCCGCGCCGAUCCCCCGUCGCAACGACGUCGAAGUAAUCUAUCCCAGCACGCGUCGUCCGCGCAGUAUUAUCCCUUCUGGCGCGAGUGGCCCGCUCAGCUGUAUCUUGGAGACGACGCCUGACCCGCAUGCUGCCGGGGAUGGUCAUAGGCCUUUCUCGGCUGCUUGUUCGGAGUUGCCGUCGAAUUCUAUUGAUAUGACGAAAUAUCGGGGUGCGAAUCGGACGAGUUUGGGCUUUUAUUGA